UUAAAUUUCUUUUUCAUUACUAGGAUCCUCGGUUCAAUGCAGAAGUUGACCAAAUUACAGGUUACAAGACCCAGAGUAUUCUUUGUAUGCCAAUUAAGAAUCACAGGGAAGAGGUCGUUGGUGUAGCUCAGGCCAUCAACAAGAAAUCAGGAAAUGGCGGAACAUUCACUGAAAAAGAUGAAAAGGACUUUGCUGCUUAUUUGGCAUUUUGUGGUAUUGUUCUUCACAAUGCUCAACUCUAUGAAACUUCACUGCUGGAGAAUAAGAGAAAUCAGGUGCUGCUGGACCUUGCUAGUUUAAUUUUUGAAGAACAACAAUCACUGGAAGUAAUUCUGAAGAAAAUAGCUGCCACUAUUAUUUCCUUUAUGCAGGUGCAGAAAUGCACCAUUUUCAUAGUGGAUGAAGAUUGCUCCGAUUCUUUCUCUAGCGUGUUUCACAUGGAGUGUGAGGAAUUAGAUAAAGCAUGUGAUACUUCAGCACGGGAAUGUGAUGCAAACAACAUCAAUUACAUGUAUGCUCAGUAUGUCAAAAACACUAUGGAACCACUUAAUAUCCCAGAUGUCAGCAAGGACAAAAGGUUUCUCUGGACAAAUGAAAACAUGGGAAAUGUAAACCAGCAGUGCAUUAGAAGUUUGCUUUGUACACCUAUAAAAAAUGGAAAGAAGAAUAAAGUCAUAGGGGUUUGCCAACUUGUUAAUAAGAUGGAGGAGAAUUCUGGCAAAGUUAAGCCUUUCAACCGCAAUGAUGAACAGUUUCUAGAAGCUUUUGUCAUCUUUUGUGGCUUGGGGAUCCAGAACACACAGAUGUACGAAGCGGUGGAGAGAGCCAUGGCCAAGCAGAUGGUCACAUUAGAGGUUUUGUCGUAUCAUGCUUCAGCAGCAGAGGAAGAAACAAGAGAGCUCCAAUCUUUAGCGGCUGCUGUGGUACCAUCUGCCCAGACCCUUAAAAUUACUGACUUCAGCUUCAGUGACUUUGAGCUGUCGGAUCUGGAAACAGCACUGUGCACAAUUCGGAUGUUCACUGACCUCAACCUUGUGCAGAACUUCCAGAUGAAAUAUGAGGUUCUUUGCAGAUGGAUUCUAAGUGUUAAGAAGAAUUAUCGAAAGAACGUUGCCUAUCACAAUUGGAGGCAUGCCUUUAAUACAGCUCAGUGCAUGUUUGCUGCCCUAAAAGCUGGCAAAAUCCAGAACAAACUGACAGACCUGGAGAUACUUGCAUUGCUGAUUGCUACGCUCAGCCACGAUUUGGAUCACCGUGGUGUGAACAACUCAUAUAUCCAGCGAAGUGAACACCCACUUGCUCAACUCUAUUGCCAUUCCAUCAUGGAGCACCACCACUUUGACCAGUGCCUGAUGAUCCUUAAUAGUCCAGGCAAUCAAAUUCUCAGUGGCCUCUCCAUUGAAGAAUAUAAGACCACACUGAAAAUAAUCAAGCAAGCUAUUUUAGCUACAGAUCUAGCACUGUACAUUAAGAGACGAGGAGAGUUUUUUGAACUUAUAAGAAAAAAUCAAUUCAAUUUGGAAGAUCCUCAUCAAAAGGAAUUGUUUUUAGCCAUGUUGAUGACAGCCUGUGAUCUUUCUGCAAUUACAAAACCUUGGCCUAUUCAGCAACGGAUAGCAGAACUUGUAGCAACUGAAUUUUUCGAUCAAGGAGACAGAGAGAGAAAAGAACUCAACAUAGAGCCCACUGAUCUAAUGAAUAGAGAGAAGAAAAACAAAAUCCCAAGUAUGCAAGUUGGGUUUAUAGAUGCCAUCUGCUUGCAACUAUAUGAGGCCCUGACCCACGUAUCAGAGGACUGCAUGCCUUUGCUAGACGGCUGCAGGAAGAACAGGCAGAAAUGGCAGGCCCUCGCAGAGCAGCAGGAGAAGAUCAUGGUGAAUGGGGAAAACAGCCAGGCCAAGCAGAACUAAGCUGCCUGCUCCGCACAGAAUUAGAGUUUGCCGAGACUGUGUAUCCGCAGUAUACCUGGUUUCACUGUGCACUGUUUAGAUUGGGUGUAUGCUUCGCCACUGCUGAAUUUUUAUUUUUGCACAACUUUUUAGAGCAUAGCAUGAAUACGGUCAAUUACAUUUUUUUCUGUACAAUUGUUAUAUGCCACUGAAGUGACUAAUGACACCUAUCAUUACUUAACACAUUGAUCAGACCACUGUUUGUGGUACUUUGGGUACUGCACAGUGUAAGAGGCGUUCUUGCACUGAGGUUGUUUUGUGAUUGGGAAUUAUGAAUAACUAGUUUUUGUGUUUUCUGAGUUACCAAUCUUUCAACAAUGUUUGGAGUCUUUCUUUUCUCAAAGUAGGUUAGGAGAAAAUUAAAUACACUCUGGGACAUCUAAGGCCAUCAUAGGAUAGAGUAAAUGUCAGCUGAGAGGAUUUUAAAGAGAAAAGCAUACAUUUGUCAAAAAUGUCUUAAAUUUAAGACACUGAAAAACACACAGCAAGUACUAUGAGACAGUAUUGUAAAGAAACCACAGUAGGCCAUUGAUUUACUGUUUUUGAAAGAACAGGCAGGAGAGAAUUCUGUCAUUUCAGUGCAGUCCCUUCUGUCCCAAGAUGGCCUGCAAAGCACUGCAGUAUCCCCUACCUGACCGUGAGCAGGAGAAACCAGGUGAAGACGCAGUCACUGACUUCCUGAGGAUGAGUGUGAUCCAGAAGUGCAAGGGCCUGAGUGCCGGUCAGCCAAGAGAAAAGUUCUGUUGGAAGAUCCUUCUGAGAAUCCGUGUUUUGAAUGCAACUGAGAAACUGCUAUAUUUUGGUCUAGAGCAGUGAUGGCAAACCUUUUAGAGCUUUCGGUGAUACAAACAGCCCACUGUGGCACUUGUGCCAUAGGUUCACCACCACUGGUUUAUAGGAUGAGUCAAGCCAAAAUCAAAGAAUUUUGGGUGUGUGACCUAAAUACUGACUUUUAGGUCAUAGUCUGGGGAAUUUCCUUCCCAUAAGUUUUAGUAGUUUACAUUUUCUUGGGAUAUGAGCCCAUUGGUGCCCCUGAAUUCACUUUGGAGAAAUAGAUUUUGAAUUGAGCAGCUACUUUAAGAAAGGAAAGUCUAUUCCAAAUAUGAAUAAAUGAUCAGAUUUGGGGGCAAUAGGAAGAGAGAUUUGAUUUGUUAGUUUCCACCCUCACCCCUUCAAGAAGAAAGUGUUAAACUGAUUUUUUACUACUGAUUUGGAUAAAAUGCCUGUAAUGCAACAGUUUCAAAGACUCUUCUCUAAAAUGUGUGCUUCAUUUGUUUUUCCCUCUAAUCUUUGCCUAAAAUUCAACCCGUUCAAAAUUCUGACUAUGUACGCAUAUUUUGAAGUUAUGUGGCUUUAUCCUUAUCAAUUAGGCACCAAAGAAAUCUACAUUGUAUUGCUGUUACUUUGUCUUGGUAAAGGCUAACCCUAAAAGUUAUCAGCGGUUGCUAUGUGUUACUGCAAUGGUUGUAUUUGCAGAAAGUUAUUUUUAUUUCAUGUCAUACUGGUCAAAUCUUGGUGGCACUGAUGUGUAAAUUACAGGGACUCCCUAAAAUAAUAGCCACAUCCACAUAUUGGUAAACACUUGUGCAUGCCUACAUAAUUCCUUAGUAUAGACAAAUUAUUUAAAGAACAGUAAUAUUUAGUGAAGCUAUCUUUUUUCACACACAUUGUGAUUUAGCAAUUAUACUAAAAUAUAUAUUCAUAUACUUCAGUAGCGUUUUUAGACCUCUCUGCUGUCAUUGAGAAUUUUUUUAAAGACAUGGUAGAUAGUGUGUGGAGGAUGUGGACACGUGCCAUUUUAACAAACAAGAAGAUAUAUUUAGAUUAGAAAUUGUUUGGUUUGCCUUUAGAUAAUAGUUUACUUCACUUCAGUAGUUUAGGCGUUAAAAGAAGUUAGGUACUGCCAUGCCUAUUGUUGGAUAGUUUAGUUCAUAUAGAAAAGAAUACUUCUUUAGGACUGGUUAAUUAAUUAAAAGAAUUUUUAGUUUGUAAGAAAAUCAUUCCAUGCAUAGAUUAUUAUCUGUGGUAUCUGGGCACAAAUCGGAAUCUUUGUUCUUAUGUGAGUAUUUCCUUGCCAGUAUCUUCCCAAGUUAGAAAAAAAUACAUAUAGGACUUCCUCACCCUACCCUAUAUUUAUACUACCCAUAACUAGCAAGAAGUUGUUCUUGUUCUAUAUUGUUUGUUUUUUGUUUGUUUGGUUGGUUGGUGGUUGGCUGGGUGUUUGAUUUUAGCAGAAUGACAGGGUGCAUUUAAUUUCAAUUUUCAGCCAGAAAAGUUGCCACUAUUUUACUAACUUGCUGAAAGAUGUCUGUAAGAUUGCCUUACAUUUUUCAGCACGUUGGCCUGUGCCCAUCACAGUCCUGUGUACAAGUCACUUAACCUCUGUGUGCCUGAACAAGUUGUGUUUUUUAAAGUAGUUCGGCUUGGCCAAAGCCUGUCUUGGGGGUAGGGUUGAGGUGGAGUGGUGGAGAAGGCAGCUACUUGGAGAUCCCCAGUGAGCCUCGGAGACCACUGUCCAAAAUGGGAUAUUGUGUGAGAGAGGCAAGACCUAAUACUAUAGAUCACUUCUUAUGUGCAUUUCCAAGACUGACAAAGCAAAGGCAAUAUACAGUCAUUCAGCUCCAUGUUCAGAUCACAAUCGGUAUGAGAUUUUUGAGCUACUUGAGUGUUUUGCCUGGGAUACAAACCCAGGAUGAUGAGGCUGUCACCACUGAUCUCUUAAUUAUGAAGAAUAGUCUCCUUUAUCAGCAGUAUUGGAGAUAAGAAAGUACUGUGCAUGAAAAUGUACUAGAAAUAUCGGAUUCUUACAAGGAAAUGGAUCACAGACAGAUUCUUGCCUAGCAGUAAAGUGCCUUUAUUUUCAGGAUAUAGGACAAAUAUUAGACCUGCUCCAAUUUGAUUUUCAGUUUUCCUUUAGUUUUCACCAGAUUGUACUCGGUACUCCUAAAUAUUAUUGGGCCAUCAGAAGCAAUAUGGUAUAUACAGUACAUUUAAGAUGAGAGGAAGAAAGUUUAAUUGCUAACCUUUCCUGUGAUGGGUAUAGUUAAAAUUCAGAUGGUACAGUUUAAUUGUUCAGUAUCAAACAUGCAUCAGCCCACCUUUUAUUGAAUCCUUGCCGCAUAUAAGGCAUUGUGCCUAGCUGUGGAGACAGAACAGUUACUAUAGUGAAUUCACAGUCUAUGCAUGCAGUGCCAGUUAAGACACCUAACAGUUUCUGAUCCUGCAAAUUGAACAUGAAAAUAUAGAGUAUAUUCUGUCUCUUUCAUUUUCAUCUGUAACAUAUGUGCUAUGCACCUUUCAUUAAGAAUCUAUCAGUGAGCAUCCUGAUAGUGUGAAUCACUUUAACCUCCUGACAGCUAAAAGAGCACCCUAUGUAAGGAGUCAUAGAUUCCAUUAUGUUUCCAUAUACAGGCCACGUAAUGAUAACUCAAGAGUUCUCAUGGACUGUAAAAUUGUGCAGUUUGGGGACCCCUUCUGCUCUACCACAGGGAGCGAAGAAGAAAGUAUCAAAGCUCAUUUCACCUUUCCAUAUACUUAUCAAAAGCCUGUGUUAAGUAUGUCUUAAGGUUGUUGAAAGCAAUGUAAAUAGUUGAAAAUAUAAAUUUCUAUUACACUUGAAGAUAUAAACCUUAUGAAUCAUCACUAGCCACUGUUAAUAUCUAUUUGUAUUCUUCUUAUACCUUUUCAGUAUUUGAACAAAUAUAUAGUUUCUGGCACUAUUUUUAUACUAGGAUAAUGGCAUUACUAUGUAUAUUAUGUUUAGCUCUGAAGUCAUUUUAAAUAACUGUGACGUCGGUUUCUUUUCCUUCCUCUCCUUGCCCUGAGGAUCCUCUCAGCCUCUCGUGUGGCAGAAUCGCUUUACAGGAGCACUUGCUCAUCUUUGGUCCCUGUGAAGUCAUAAGAUGGUCAGGGUGGUUUUCCGUUGUGCAAACCCCUCACCUAUUCAGUUGUCUCCUUGUUUUGCCAUGCUCUGGAAAAAUAAAAAGAAUGGACAAGUAGA